AUGCCCAAUAAGCCAGCCUUAACCCUUAGAGAGUUUUGCAAGCAACUACCCAAAGUGGAGCUUCAUGCUCAUCUCAAUGGUAGUUUAAGCCGAGACACUAUGGUGCAGUUAGUGGAAAGGAAGAAGCAUGAGAAACCUAAAUUGGCCAAUUUCCAGAUCCCAGAGUCAAUAGAUAGAAUUGAUGAUUUUUUCGUUCUGUUUCCCUUCAUCUACCAACUAACAGACGAUGCAGAAAGUAUUAAAAUAGCAACCCGAAACGUGAUAGAUGAGUUUGCAAAGGACGGGGUCAAAUACUUAGAGCUAAGAACCACGCCAAGAAAGAACCCCUCUAAGGGCAUGACAAAGGAAUCUUAUUUAAGGACCGUUUUAUCGGUCAUUAACGAACCUCGUGAAGAUAUUAUUGUCAAGCUAAUUAUCUCUGUGGAUCGCCGAAACAGUUUGCAGGAGGCAGAGGAGGCCGUUGAUUUAGCUGUUCAGUUACGUUCUCAAGGCGUAGUGGGCAUUGACCUCUGUGGUGAUGUGACCAAGGGCCAUUUUGAAAACCUUAAACCUGCCUUCGAGAGAGCACAGAAAGAGCAUGGCUUCCGCGUUACUUUGCAUUUUAAUGAAAUUCUGGAUAAUCUUAAAGAAGCACCGAGUCUUCUAUCCAUUGUGCCUGACCGAUUAGGGCAUGCUACUAUUUGGGAUGAUUAUUGUCGCAAGACUAUUUUUGAGAGACGCACUCCAAUUGAAAUAUGUUUGACAUCCAAUUUCUUAUGUAAAACAGUCAAAUCAGUAGAAGAGCAUCACGUCAAAGAAUUAUUGAAAAGGAAUCAUCCGUUUAUUCUCUGUGUAAGCCUACUAAGUCAAUUUUUUCAAGUUUUUCCAAAGAAAAAGGAACUGAACCAUUGCAUUCACUGUUUAUACCCUACAGACGGAUGAUAAGGGUGUUUUCUUUUCUGAUUCUUCGGAUGAGUAUAGGAUUGCAGCUGAAGGCUACAACCUAAACUACGAGGAUCUUUACACAAUCUCAUACAAUGCCAUUGAUGCCAUUUUUGCAGAUGAGAACGUUAAGGAGGCGCUUAAAGAACAAUGG